AUGGCCGGAUACACAAACCAAACUCUCAGGUCUGGCUGGGAGUUUAAACAAGUCGGAGCGACUGAGGUCCCGGAAUGGACUUGCGGAUUUCUGCCAGUGGCACAAUUUCCUACUAACGUCCAUCUUGAUCUUAUGGCCCACGACAAAAUACCGGAUCCUUUUAUUGGACUAAACGAAUACAAAGUUCAAUGGGUUGGAGAACAACAAUGGUUGUAUAGAACCACAUUCGAAUGCCCCUCGGUCUCAGGCCGAAAGACCAUCCUGCAAUUCGAUGGCCUUGAUACCUUUGCGAUUGCCUCUCUGAACGGAACAAAAAUCCUAGAAGCGGAGAAUAUGCACCGCAUCUUUCGAGCUGAUAUCACCGGGACUGUGGAAGAGGGCGUAAACGUGCUGGAGAUUCUGUUUGACAGCGCUAUCAUCAGGGGAAAGCAACUGAUGAAAGAGACUGGGUUUAAACCCGUAGGUUUUACAUCAUCUACUGAUAAAAGCCGUCUUCUGGUUCGGAAAGCCCAGUAUCAUUAUGCCUGGAAUUGGGGCCCUGAGCUUACAACUUGUGGACCAUGGCGCCCAAUCCAUCUCGAACAAUACUCAGCUCGGAUCUCUGACUUACAUGCCAAAGUGGAAAUAUCUGUUGCAGACAAGACAUCAUCUAUAUCUAUUUCAGCAGAGGUCGAGGGUGGGAAAGAAGGGGACAUCAUCAAAUAUGCUUUGACCGGUCCUGAUGGAGCUUCUAUAUCGACGAGCAGCGUGAAGGUCACUGAAAAUAAGGCAACUGAUCGAUUUGAGGUGCACGACGCCAAAUUUUGGUGGCCUGUUGGUUACGGAGAACAGCCACUAUAUACCAUUGACGCUCACCUCAUUCGAGAGGGAAUAAAUAUACAUCAACGAAGUCGAAAGCUAGGCCUCAGAACUGUAUCUUUAGUACAGCGACCCAUUGUUGAUCAGCCAGGGACAAGCUUCUUCUUCGAAGUCAACGACGUACCAAUAUUUAGUAGUGGAUCGAACUGGUGCCCCGCAGAUCACUUUGUUCCUCGUGUCACCCCCGAGAGAUAUCGCACGCUGUUGCAGAUGGUUGUUGAUGGGAAUCAAAAUAUGCUACGUGUUUGGGGCGGUGCAAUCUACGAGGACGAUGUUUUCUAUGAUAUCUGCGAUGAACUUGGGAUCCUGGUGUGGAAUGACUUCAUGUUCGCAUGUGGCACAUACCCAGCAGAUGAAGACUUCCGUGGCCGCAUCACCGAAGAAGUUGAAGAUAAUAUCAAGCGCCUUCGUCACCAUCCCUCUAUUGUUGCAUGGUCUGGUAAUAACGAGGACUACCUAUUUGCCGAACUAUUUCACACCUCCUACGAUAUCAACGACCCAGAUCCCGACAACUGGCUAAAGACAACGUUCCCUGCACGAUAUAUUUAUGAAAAGAUGCUCCCAGAGAUUUGCAAGAAGCUCAUUCCCGAUACUCCAUACCACCCUGGAUCGCCAUGGGGCGGGAAGUAUUUCAACGACCCAACUAUUGGAGACACACACAUGUGGGAGGUCUGGCAUCAUGUAUCUCGUCCAUGGCAGGAGUACCCAAAACUCGGAAGUCGAUUCAUUUCCGAAUUUGGAAUCUCAUCUCUUCCUCAUUUAGACACAAUCGAAUCAUUCCUCAUUGACUCGCCGCCAUCAGAGAGACAUCCCAAUUCCCGCACCAUCGACCAUCACAACAAGGAACUGCAGCACGAACGAAAAAUGGCUACAUACCUCGUGGAAAACUUCAAAUACGGAUUUGGCUUGGAAGAAUAUAUUUAUAUUACACAGCUAAACCAGGCCGAGGCUAUGACUUGCGCCCUGAGAGCCUGGAGACGAGAGUGGAAAGGAACAGGAAAGGAGUAUUGUGGUGGAAGUCUCAUAUGGCAGUUUAAUCCUACGUGGCAAGUCACGUCGAAGGCCCUGGUGGAUUACUUCAACCGUCCGAAAAUGUCCUACUUCACAGUCAAGCGAGAUAUUGCGCCAAUAUCUCUAGGAAUGGAGAGGAAGGAGAUCAAAACUCCCCGUUCGGAAUUUACCAGGGCGUUCAUUGAUACCGAGACUCGUAUCUUGGGAUGGGCGACAAAUGUUACCCUUAAGCCUGUUUCCUACUUGCUGACUAUAAAGGCAUUUGAAUUGUCUACUGGGAAAGAGUUGUUUUCCCAGACAAAGGUCCAGGAGUUGGGGGCCAAUAUUACAACGGAGCUGUUUGACAUUGAGUUGCCAAGGCCGUGUAUAGUUGAUGAGCCCGUUAUCAUGUCCACGUGCCUACAGACCGAGCAAGGUACUACUAUCGCACGUUGCACGAACUGGCCCCAACCAUACCGCUAUAUAAACAUGCCGAAACCGAAGCUUGUUAUUGGAAUUGACGGUGAUCGGAUCUCGGCACGAGCAAAUGUACCGGUGAAAGGACUGGCCUUUUACGUCAAGGAUGUUGAUGCGGUAAGCUUCGAUGACAAUAUGCUCGAUCUUGUGCCUGGCGAUGUGCAAGAGAUUGUCGCGCGUGGAUUGAAUGGCAAGGCUGUAACCUGGAGAUACUAUGGUAUGGAGUAAUUUAUUUUGGCACUUUGACCCAUUGGGUCAAUGGACUGCUAGAAAGAUGGUGUAAGCGUAUUAGGGGGUUGAACUUAUAAGAUUGUUAAAAUACUGGGGAGCAAAGGCGCCGAAAUUAACGCGCAAGGAGGACAUUAUGGAAACGCGCUUAGGCGCCAUUAUUUAGGGGCCACAAGAUCAUUUUAGCGCUGCUAAAUAGGGUGUAAACAUCUCAAACAGAUAGAGACCCUUCCCAC